AUGGCGGAACAACUUGAAGAGGAGACCAUGGCUCCUGAGCCCGAGAAGGAAGAGGAGGUGACCGAUAUGAACGGAGCUGUGCGAGGGGUCCUCAAGCGGGCCCUCCAGGUUGAUGGUGUCAUCCGCGGUCUGCAUGAGGUGGCCAAGCACAUCGAAGCUUGCAAGGCCCAGGUCGUGUUCCUGGCAGAGUCUUGCAACGAGGCCACCUACAAGAAGCUGAUCCAGGGCCUGUGCUUGGAAAAGAACGUGCCUGUUGUUGACGUGCCUGACAACAAGAGCUUGGGUGAAUGGGCAGGCGACCCGUCUCCAGUAGUUGGCACAAGCUGCGUGGCAGUCGUGGACUUUGGUGAAGAGGGCGAGGCCUACAACUACCUCAUGAAGAACUUGAGCAAGUAUUUGCCAGAUUUGCCAGCUUUAGAUGUGAACUCACAGGCCAUGGCGGAACAACUUGAAGAGGAGGAGACCAUGGCUCCUGAGCCCGAGAAGGAAGAGGAGGCAGUGACCGAUAUGAACGGAGCUGUGCGAGGGGUCCUCAAGCGGGCCCUCCAGGUUGAUGGUGUCAUCCGCGGUCUGCAUGAGGUGGCCAAGCACAUCGAAGCUUGCAAGGCCCAGGUCGUGUUCCUGGCAGAGUCUUGCAACGAGGCCACCUACAAGAAGCUGAUCCAGGGCCUGUGCUUGGAAAAGAACGUGCCUGUUGUUGACGUGCCUGACAACAAGAGCUUGGGUGAAUGGGCAGGCCUUUGCAAGAUCGACAAGGACGGUCUUCCUAGGAAGGUAGUUGGCACAAGCUGCGUGGCAGUCGUGGACUUUGGUGAAGAGGGCGAGGCCUACAACUACCUCAUGAAGAACUUGAGCAAGUGA